UUUCGGUCGAAUGGCGUCCUGCGUGAUGCUUGGGUUCUGAGCGCGAGCGGCAGGAAAAGUGUGUAUUUUUAGGUGCUAGUCGGUAGUGCGUGAACCGUGUUUAGUCGCGAACGCCUCAUUUCACCCGAUCUCAGAUAACAGUACAAUCGUGUGGUCGGCAACGACGACGGUUUCCUUUGUGCAAUGGAUAGUCGGCGCGGUAAACGGAUGUCCCUAGCACUGGGUGUCCCUGCCAGUAACCCCUCGAACACUGCGACGGCUGAGUCCGCAGCUGAUGCGAUGGACCGAAAAAAACCCGGUCGCAAAACGCUAACAGCGGGCGCACGCAAAGCAUCUCCCGGGCGUAAACCGUCUCCGGGACGGAAGGCUUCACCGGCUCGCCGUACUUCACCGGCCCGCAAGGCAUCGCCAGCGCGUCGUGCGUCUCCGGGAAGAAAACCGAAAGCUACCUCUCCGGCUGGCCCGAUGGCACCGGCUACCGUCAAACCUCUACCGGCAGAACCGGUCAAAGUAUCACCGCUGAUGAAAGAUGAGCCGCGCCGCUCGGAGCGUAUCCGCGCAUCGGAGGAUCGGUCCGAAAAGGGUUUCCCGAUGCUUAAAAAAUCACCUGUCAUCGACAAACGUCUGUCGGUGAUUUUGGACGAUACCGAAGUGAGCGACAUUCUCGGGCAAGCUAAGGACCUGGUCGGCAGGCGAAGUGUAACGCCGAAUACCAGCCAACGCACCAACGCCGCCACGCCGACGACGACAACGGAACGCUCAAGACAAACCCACUCGAUGAGCGCCCUUGCCGAAUACUCCGACAAUGAAGAGGACGAUGCCGACUACAAGAGCUUCCGGCGGACCGAAGGGGACAACAAUAACGGUGUCGGCAUGCAGUUCCCCGAUGCAACCAGCCUCAGACAGCAGCAACAGUUGGUUGAGUUCGGUGGCCCAGUCCGUGCCACGCUUCUGGCGCUCGUGAUCCCCCUCUUUGCGUUCUUUACGAACCAUUUCUGCUCCGGAGCAGCGCAUCGUGACUGUCGCUUUGUGGUGCCAAGAAACUGGGACGAAUUUUGCUCUCUCUCGACGUACUUCAACCGUGAAGUGGCCAUGUUCUACGUGCUGUACACGUGCGGGGUCGCACUGCUGACCGCGUUACCGACCGGCCGAGUGGUUCGGUUAGCACACGAAGCCCGCCCAGAACGUGCUCACACCUUCAACGGACUGUUGGUCGCACUGGGAACUGGAUUGGCUGUCUUUGUGGCCGAGUAUUGCUACAAGUACCCGCUGCUUUCCGUCGUAAGCCGUGGCUACAACCAGCUGCUGGUGCUGAGCCUGGCCGGAGCCCUGUUGGUGUCCGUACUCGCGUACGUAAAAACCCGCUACACAGAACCACGGCAAAUGAAUCAUUACGCGUGCACCGGACGCAUGCUGUACGACAUGUUUGCCGGCCGCGAUGUGAAUCCGACCCUGCUCAACGUCUUCAACCUCAAGCUGAUCACCUACCACGUGUCCAUUGUCUUGGCCCUACUCUUCAAUUGCAUCAUCUUGUACCGCAAUUUGCACUUUACCCCACUCCCCGAGAGCCUCGUCGAGGGGUCACUGCAGGAGCGGCUGCUGUUCACGGCGCGUAAUGUCACGGGCGAAGCGGCCCCUCUGACUGCCGCCGGACUGACGGUGCUGUAUCUUCUCGAUCUGCUCGUCUUCGAGCACCAUCUGGCCGCAUCGUUCGAGCUGCAACAGGAAGGUUUUGGCACCCAGUACCUUCUCCGUCAGGCACUGUUUCCCUUUAUGCUCACGCUUCUGCCAAAGUACGUCGCUGCUCAUAAGCUCUCGGAUGUGCCGAUCUGGGCACUUGCUGUCUGUGUCACUGUUGCGCUCGUAGGAUUAGUCCUCAAACGCAGCGCGCAGUGGAUAAAGUAUCUCUACCGGUUGGACCCACUCGGAAAAAAGGUUGUCGGUCUCCAAACGUACCCAACGUACCAGGGUCGCCGGCUUCUGGUCGCUCACGGGUGGCGCUUCGUCCGUCAACCGAACUACGUCGGCGAUAUCUUGCAGACCGUGGCACUCCUGCCACUACUGUACUGGCGCUUCGCUUGGCCACCGUUGUUGGCUGCACUGUUCACCGUUUGCGUUCUGGCCCAUCGGACUAAGCGACUUAGUGCGCGCAACCACGCAAUGUACGAUUCACCCUGGUUCCGCUACUGUAACGCCGUGCCGGCUCUGCUCGUUCCGCGUGUCUUCUAA